AUGAUAACCUCUGACCCCGUGAUAAAUGGGUUGGUCGCAUAUUUCAACUACUUUAUAAAAAUGGAAAAGUCUGCAUUUGAAGAUCUGUUUAAAAGAGACCGAGAGACGGGAGAGACAAUCUUUCACGAGCUGGCGGAAUGUGGAGCGUUGAGGGUACUGUACCGGAUUCACGAGCGGACCAGCGGAGCAUUCGUCAACUUAAUACAAAUCAAAAACUACCGUGGUGAGCUUUGCACUCACGUAGCUGCGAGAUGUCACAGCGGGAUUCGUGCCAUAAACCUUAUCGAAAUACUAGUACUGAUGGGCGCUGAUGUGAAUGAAAGGGAAUCAUGCGGAGGUGAGACCGUACUUCAUACAACCGUUUUCAAGAGAGAUUACGAGCUGGCAGAGUGGUUGUGCAAACAUCCACAAAUCAAUUUAGAUGCGAGAAAUUACGGUCGACUGACGGCCUUUCAAAUAUGA